AAGAUCGACAUAGCUAGAGACAUGUCUCCUUCAGCACAUAUUAACAACUGUUUCAAAUCUGAAGGGGAUUGUGAAUGGUCUUCAAAGAAGAAGAAAUCUUGACACAAAAUUUGGUGAAUUAAUUUGACAUUAACUUUUAGGUUCUCAGGGAAAUUAAUGUGGUAUUUGGAUUUCAAGAGAUAAAAAUGAUUCAGUUUUAGGAGAAAACAAAACGUCUUCAAUUGGAGAUUAGUUUGCAAUUUGCUUGUGUAAUCAUGCCAAAGAUUUCGUAUGUCAAAAGUGUUUGUAAUUACAAGGAAAUGUAGAAUUUUUACAAUUUGAACUCCACUGCCAUGAGAGUUAUUUAUCUUGGGACAACCAAGUUCCAUCAGACCCAAAGCACAAUUUUCAAUAUUUAACGUGUAAAAUAUAAAUAUUUGUAUAAUACUUUUUUUUUGUCUUUGUGCUUGGUGGUACUUAUGUGCACCCUAACAAUCGCCAUCCAUGAAAGCAGCAACACAAAAUAAAAUAUUAUUCCAGAUUUUGCAUGACCUUGAUCCAGUGGACUCGCUUGCCCUGUAAUGACCAAAAACUUUUUACUUUCUUACAUACUAUUUAUUUAAUGAAGAGAAAGUGUUGUGUGCAUUGCGAAUAAAAUCUUACAUACUACUUAUGUAGUGAAGAGAAAGUAUUGUAUUCAUUGCCAAUAAAACAUCAAUAUUUUGACAGAACGCUGAUGUGGAUAAUGAAAAUGAGAAUAACUCUUGCUCUUGUAUGUAGAAGGUAACACACACUAAAUUCGACUAAUAGUGAAUAUUGUUACACGAUGUUGCACAUCAGUGUAACAUCUUUUUCAUUAUUUAAUGUCUAUGAGGUAAAAGUGUUUUUUGUGUAUAAUUUACCGUAAACUCAUGGUUGUGUUUCGCGUCCAGAACACUUGCAACUGAAGAUGUGGUCACACCUGACUACAAAACAUGAAUAAAGAAUAAAAUUUCUCUACUGUACAAAAUUAUAAAUCAUUAGCAUUACAAAUAUUGCGAGAAAGUGCAUACUAUUGUAGUACCACAAGUUUUAUUCAUUAUCAGUAACAGUGUUUAGGGGCUGCCCAUAAAUUAUAUAAUGCAAAUUUGGAGUAUUUUGAAUACCCAGGGUCCCUCCUGUAAGGCAUGCUUGAACCCCAUGAAUUAAUUAUGUAACGCCCCUUCCCAAUAUAUUUUUUUUUUUUGUUACAUAUUAAAAUUUAUAAUCAUUUAAGUCAGAAUUAAUGGUGAUGCGAACUGCACCUAACAAAAAGAUCGGAACAAUUUUUGAAUGAAGGAAGGACACGUAUGUAAGAAAUUUUCUGACAAGUUGUGCACAUGCCAUCAUGGAUGACUUAUGAGCCCUAAGUCUAUUGCAUCAAUUUAAUUGGUUUCUAGAAUAUUCUAUAGAUCAGUUUUGAAUAUUUUCUUCAUAAUAUAACAGUUUGUCAAUAUAUCAUUGAUGAAAAUAUAUUUCCAUUUACUGUAACAAUUUAUGCAUCAUAAUUUUUAAUUUAUUUAUAUUUUAUAAUUUAAUGCAUGUUAAUAUUUUAAUAUUCUAGUUUAAAGCUGAAUUAAAGGAACUCUUUCUGCAAAUGUUGAAAAAAACAACUACUACAAGUGUUGUAUAAAACCAAACUAACAUCCUUAUGUAAUGCAGCAUAACAAUGCCUCAAACCCCCACCCUCUCUUUAACGUUAUGUAAUUUAUGGACAAACCCUAAAGGUAUAAAUUGCAAAAACCUAAUGCCUUCUGUAGUAUACACACUAAAUAAUGAAAAUUGUGCUUCUAUGUUUAUGGAAUCCCAGUGUAAGGGUUGUAUUAAUCGGUCCGAAAACAAAAAAAAAAUAUGUGUAAUUAUUUCUCUGGUGGAACAUGGAAAAUCUUUAUUUUCUCCUUGAAAUUUGUGAAACGUGUUGUCUGUGCUUUCAUGACUUGAUAUGUGACAUUGUGAGACAGCAGGUAGAUGGGAGGAAUUUUUUGAGGAAUCAGACUUGUAGAUAAGAAUGAAAUCAUCAUGUAGGCUAUGAUUAAGGUUUAGGUCUGUUGACCUGUUCAGUGGUUUAUCAUUAUUCCCUGAGUCUCUUCCAAGGUGUUCUUGAUCUUCCCAGCGUAUUCUUCGUCUUCUUCCUCUUGGUUUGUAUCUGGAAAAUUUUCUUGGGAAAUGUUUUAUCUUCAUUCUUUUGGUGUGUUUUUACCAUUUCUUUUGGUAGUUUUCAAUUUCUGAGACAAUAUUUUUGACUUGAAGUGUUUUCUGGAUCUUUUCAUUUCUUAUCUUAUCUCUGCUGGAAACUUUUAAAAUUGAUCUCGGUUAUUUCAUUUGUGCUGUUUCAUUUCUUUUCGCUUCCGUAUCGAUGUUUCAUUACUUUCAAUAGUGUGGGUUUGCAACAAUAUUAUGUAAUCUAAUUUUUGUCUCAGUGUCCAUAUUUUGGUAGUGUCUCUUGAUGCAUCCAUUUAUUUUGUUGUACUAUUUUGAUUCCAUAUCUUCCUCUAUUAAUGAUAUCUUAUGUGAAUGUUGACACUUAUGUGUGUGAUGAUACAUGAACAUUGACACUUGUUCUGUUGUCUUAUUUUCUAUGAGUAUUUUUGUUCUUUUAUAUUCUUUGCCUUUUAAUCCCAUGGACUUUGUCUUUGACUGAUAUUUUCAUUUUAUAUUCCUUUGUGAGUUUAUUUAAUUUAUGAGUUGGCCUUUGUAAUUCAGAUGUUGCUAGUAUUGCUUGGUUGUCUGCAUGUAAUAUUGUUUUUAUUUUCUAGUCCUUUUUCUGAGUUAUGCCUCCUUCUAUUUCCUCCGUCCAGGUUCCUUCUUCAUGUUGUUCAUGAAUAACUUAAAUAGUAUUGUAAAAAAUGUGCAUCCCUAGCGUAGUCCUACAUUUGUUGUUAAAGAAUGAAUUAAUACCACAAAAAUUAAUUGGUUUACUUGCUGGCAAAUUAUUUAUUUAAAAAAGUUUAAGUAUAACACACUUCCUCUCAAAACAUUCAAGUAAAUGAUGAAUCACAGUGCAGUGCUAAGGCUGUGGGUGGGAAAGACGUGUCUAUCCCAACAGUUGGUGUAAUUUGCUUUUUGUUUAAGGAUGCUUGUCAUGUGGGUGUCUGCUGCAAUGGAUAAGCAGAAUUUCCUUACCUUGUCUUCCAUCUCACAAUGUCACUGAACUUGAUUGCUCUCAUUAGCUGUUAAAAGAUCAAGCUAUGAUUGAAGACAUUUGAACUUUAAUUGUAUUCCAUAAAACAAGAAAUGAAGAACAUAUGACACUCAUUUCUUUAAAAUUUCUUCCUUUUUAUGUAAUCUAGUCAGCCAUAUUACAUACAUGUAUCUAUUUAUAUUGAUGAGAGCUUUUACACCUAUUUGUACCAUUACAAUUACAAUUUUUUAAUCAUCAUGAUUAAUUAGAUGGCUGUUUACUUACCGCAAAUGGAGCCGUUUUUGCAUUUCUGUCGCAGAACCAAAUUCUAGGAUUUUAAAUGUGAAAUAUGGAUUGUGGUAUUGGCAGCAUAACAGAACUUGUGUAUUUUUGUAAGCAUGUACAACAAAUGUAAAGGCGUAGUAUUUACAGAUCAAACUUUAAUUACCUGUAAGGUGCAAUUAUGCUUCGCUAAUGUGAAGUAUUUUAUGAUGACACUCCAACCUCUGGCAUAUGCAUAAUUAACAUAAAAAAUCCCUUAGUGUAUCCAGGUACUGUAGCUGUUAUGAUUUACAUAAAACAUCAUGUGUAUCAAAAACAGGCUAUUAAACGGAACAAGCUUUUGUUCCUGGCACUAAACAUGUCUUUUCAUUUUGCACAAUUUCUACUAACUUCAUCUGAUCCAUUGCCUUUGUUGUGCCAAAACGUAAUGGACAUUUUUUUUGGCAAAAUUAUGUAUGAAAGCCGCAUAGAUUCCCCAUUAGUGAACUUCAGCCAUUAAUUCCACAUACAUUUUAUGCUGCUGAAUUUCAACAAACUGUAAUUUGAUGAAACAAAUGAUCAAUUUAACAUAACAUGAUAAUCAUAAUUAAAUACAGAACAAACCUAAGAUUUCCUUAUUAUCAUAAACUUAGUGUAAUUUGUAACUUAUAAAAUGAUAUUUCAAGAAUAUAUAAAAAUAUUUAGUAUAUUAUUUGUAAUUAGAGAACAAAUUUUCAUGUAAAUAUAUAGUAUUUUUACAGGUGUAGGAUGCAUGAAUCGAAUAAUUUGUUUUUGGUUUACAAGACUGUAAAUAAAUUAAAAAUAUUUUAUAAAUUUUCAUAAAAAUAAAACAGGCUGUUAAGCCUAAACAUGUACAGUUGAUGAUAAUUUUAGUAAAAAUACAGGUCUUCAAAUUUUAUCUAUUCGUAUUAUAUUGUAUACACGUAGUACAGAGCCUUGUGUAUUAUGUUACAUAUUCAUUACAUCUAUAUUACUAAUUUCCCAUGCAUGAAUAAAAUUGAAAGAAAACUAUGCAGCAUCUGACUCUGUGAGAGGUAACUCAGCAAAAUCCAAAAAACAAUGAAAGUUUUGAUUUUGACUGAAAAAUGCAAUAAUUCUAUAAUUUAUGUUAUUCCACUAUUCUUAUAAUCAAUUUCUCAUUGCUUAUGACAUGGCUGAUGUCAUGUGACAGCAAACUAUCAGGGAAAUUUCUCCCUUAAAUAUUUGUUAUUUACAUUUUGGAGAGCAAAAGCAACUUCUUUCUUUUUAGCUUUUUUUCGAUAGAUUUUCUGUACUAUUUACUACAGUACCUGUGAAUAUCGUUGUGAAAAUAUUUAAUUUAUUCAAUAUUUUAAUGUGCAGGGCUUUAUGUUUACGUUAUUGUAUUUGUUCUUAAACAGUGAAUGUGCUACUUUUUGGAGAAUCCAUUUUGUGUGACAGUUCAGCAGCAGUUUUGCAACUGUUGGCCACUAAUAAUAUAUUUAAAGUUGAAAGGAAACAUCUCUGAUACAAGUAUGCCUCUGUAUGUUUCUGUAACAAUCUUUUGAAAAAAAGCAAUGUAAUAGUGUGCUUCAGUGACAUCUGCACCUUCACCAGGAAUUGUCAGACUUAACUCCUCCUCAGAAAUCGCAUACUUGGAAUCAAGGAUGAAUGAACAUAUGCAAAGUAAAAAUUACAACCAUGCGCUUGCUCAUGUGUCAUAGAUCUUACUCAUAACUUGAUUAACAUAAGUUAUAGGCCAUUGCCUUGUUGUGCUUCCUGUUCCCCACCGAGAAACCUAUACACCUGUGCCAGUGGUGGAGAAUUUGGAGCAUCUUCACCAAAUCCUGUCUACAUAGGCAUAAUGGGUACUCUGUACAUUCAUUUGGAAUGUGAUGCGAUAUUUAAGUGUGUUUUCUAUAAAUUGGGCUGAAUUAAUGUCUUAGAUUUUGUGCCUCGGUCCCUGUCUGUGCACAGACUCCUCAUGAACUAAGGUAUGCAUAGGCUACUACUUACACGUUUUAUUGUCGUAUCAAACCCGUAUUGUAGGGUGAAACCUAGUUUCCAAUUACUUUUGUAGAAAUAGAAAGUUCAUUCAGUUAUUGACAAUCCCUUUUAAAGUCUGAUCUGUGAUGUUUUAUGUUAGAAAAUUUGAAACAAUACAAUGAAAUUUUUUUUUGCAUAUUUUAUAUUAUCGGACCUUAAAAAAAAAUUCAUUCAGUAUAUAAAUAUAUAUUUUCCUUUUUUCUAUUACUAUCAAUUCUGUUCCCUAUAAAUAAUAUACUCAUAUUGCAUUUUUUUUUUCUUGUUCGCAAAGUUGGUUAUCAACAAGAUUACGAAAGAUGAUUAUGAAAUAUUGUUUCAUAGACAUGUUCUUUUAAAAAAACAUUAGACUAAAUAUUUCUUGAAAAGUACAGUGACUUUAUACAUUUAUUCUGAAUCUGUUUUGCUGUAUGUGAAGUUCUUUGUGCAAAUUUAGAAGCAUUAACCUUUGUCUUAUUGGUGUCUUGAAAAAUUGACAAGUGAACAAUGAAUUAUUUCUUUCUUUGUGUACAUGAGAUUCCAAUUGUGUGAUCAUGGCAUAUUAUUUUC